AUGGUUUACACAAUGCUGAGUGUAGACGAUUUUUCGAGCAUGGAGUGUACGUCUAGCAUGACUCGAAUGGACUAUUUGCUUGCUGUAUGUGAAGUGUUCUUGUUAAAAUCCAUGUUAAUGAAUCAACAACAUCAUCAUCAAGAAGAAAAAUCAAUUCUUGAUUUCGUCUUCUCAAGGAGGAAACGAUCAAUGUCAAAAACACGGCCAAGAAAAGUUACUGAAAAAUUCAUCUGCAAUAAUAAUGGCUGCGAAAAAUCAAUAAUCAAGAAAGCUGUGGAAAACAGAGUGAUCCUCGAAAACAGAGGAAGCUCAAUAAUGAACAGAGAAUUGGAUAUUGAAUUCAAGAAUCUGAUUAUAUGCAAUGGGGGUUCACUUGAAUCAGUUAAAUUGGUUAUCGAAAAAACACUAUUCAAGACUGAUGUUAAACCAGAAGAAGGGAGGUUUUCAAUUCCGCAAAAACAGAUGAGUAAUAGCUUUCUUGAACCAGAAGAAGACGCGCAUUUAAACACGCGUAAUGAGGGGAAAAUGUGUGAGAUGAAGGUAAUGUUGAUUGAGCCUUCACGUCGAAUAAGUGAAAUUAAUCUGAGAAAAUGGUUUAUGAACAAAGAUAAUGGGAAAGUAAGUUUGAGCUAUGUGUUGGUGACAUACUGGAAUGAAGUUGUAAGAAGGAAUAAAUUGGAAUGUGAUACUAAGGUGCAAUUGUGGGCAUUUAGAAAGGGUGUUGAUUUGUGUUUUGCAUUGGUUAAACUUCAAGAUUGA